CUGAUGUAAUUAGCAUGUUACUACCACCAAGAAAUCCAAUCGAGGGAAGUUCGUCAUGUACUCGGGCGCUGAAGCGAACGGCGAAAAGACUCAGGGACUAUCCGCGCGUGCUCUGGCUACCGAAAUCCCUUUACAACAGCUCGUUACAUCCUACGAGCAGGCUCUCUCAAUUGCUGCACUAUACCAAGCUGGGAAGAUACAAGACCAGCUUUAUUCUCCCGGAAGUGCUGCUGAGCAAGAGGAGGCGAAGUGUCAGAUUGAGGCUCUUGGAUUAGAUGAGCAUGCACGAGGAGACAUACCCGGUCGUUGGAGCAUGCAGUGGAAGGAUCAGACUGGGAAGAGGAAGGGAGGCUUGUCGGAGAGGGUGUUAUAUCAGUGGUUCCGGCGUAUUACCUUCCCGUACACCGGCUGUCUUGGUCAUGCCGAAGUGACCUAUGAGCUCCCAUCGUCUAAGGUUCUGCGUAUUCGUGGUUUCCUUGAUCAUAACGAAGCGUGUCGAUUGGCGACGAUGGAGAACAAGCCUACACACCCCGUUCACCCCGCCGUCUACAAGGUCGCGCUGGAUCAGCUUCGUGAUGGCUCGACUUGGUCCGAUAUCAUGGAAAAGAACCGGAAGUACGUGCUAGAUUGUUUGUACCCUGGACAGAAGGCAGAUUGGGCCUAUUCGAACUAUCGCUGGCUGCUCAAGAGAACGGAUUCGCGCUCACUUUACCGCCAGGCUCAGCGCAAAGAAGGCGUUGAUGUAAAUGAGAAGCCUCACCGCAAUAUCGAUUCCUGGCUCAACCCAUCGUCUCCCGAUUACAACUCAACCCUCGCCGAGGCCGUCUUCUUCUACUCGGCUCGUGCGGCGACCGAAGAGCGCCUGAAAAUCUGUAUCGCCACACCGGAGAUGAAAGAGGCUGCUUGGAGAUACGGACACAAUCAGCAGAUCCUUCUUGAUGGUACAUUCGGAGUCUGUAACAGCAAGAUCCUACUGUUCAUUCUCAUGGGUCUAGACGAGCAGAGGAAGGGUGUGCCACUCGCCUUUCUGAUGUUCUCCGCACCAUCAGGGAACAAAUUCACUCCGGCCGGAUACGACACCGCGAUACUCACUGAACUUCUCUCGAAAUGGAAGUCGUCCCUAGGUGUUCGCAACGGAACUGCCUUCCACUCGCCCGUUGCAAUAACCGACACGGACCUCAAAGAGCGCAAUGCGCUCCUCGAGGUCUUCCCUAACAUCUGGCUUCUUCUCUGCAACUACGGGCGUUGGCGAGGUUCGCAUUCGGCUUUCACGGCUGGAAGACGAGCUGAUACGUACAAAGGUACACGAGGACGCUCGCCAACUUGUUGCCGCUGAGCGCGCUACUCUGGAGCGACUCAAAACCCUCGAUCCCACCGCGACAUUUGCGGCCGAUGGUGGUAUCGCACACGUCGUUGGCAGCGGAACGGCCGCCGUCUUCGCCUUGAUGUCCUCACAAAUCUCCUGGGAAGCAAGAUUGCGACACGCGGGUGCGAAUCAUCUCAUCGAGAGCCGCGGGACCACAAUCCUCCAAGCACCCAGCAUAGCCUGGCUCGUCCCUGACGAGGUUCGAGACACCGCCGCCGCCGCACUUCCAGUGCCACUCCGCCUUCGCUUUAGAUGUCGAGGAAAUGCCCACUGUCUACACGGUGACGAUGGAAAUCGACGGUGCCACGAGCUGUUCCUGUGGCGACUUUACACAUCGUGGUGGCGC